AGUGAGAGCUGCAACGAAACUUCUCCGAUGCAAACAUGCUUGGACGAGGUGGAUUCGGUCCUGUUUAUAAGGGUAAGCUUGAAGAUGGACGAGAGGUAGCUAUAAAGAGGCUGUCCGAAAAUUCGGGACAAGGAACACGAGAAUUCAAGAACGAAGUCAUGCUAUUGGCGAAGCUUCAACACAGGAAUCUGGUUAAGCUUCUUGGUUUUAGCUUCGAACAAAAAGAAAGGGUUCUAAUCUAUGAGUUUCUGCCCAAUUCAAGCCUUGACAACUUUAUAUUCGAUCCAGUGAAGCGAUUACUACUAAACUGGGACAAGAGGUACAGAAUUAUAGAGGGAACAGCCAAGGGAAUGGUUUUCUUCAUGAAGAUUCUCAAUACCGGAUCAUCCAUAGGGACUUAA